AUGGGCCCUCGAUCAAAGUUUCCUUUUUCCAUACCGGGCCGGAAAGCCAAGCCGGUCCCUCCGCCUCCUCCUCCUCCUCAACCACAGCCACCUUCUGGCCCGUUAACCAAGGCACAAAAGAUCCUUGGCACGGGGGAGAUCAACAUCGAUUCUCCAUGGGAAAUACGAGCUAGUCCGGCCAUCAGCAACGCCCCUGUUUCGGGCGCAGCUCAUCAUAAUGAGAGAGAUGUUGGUCGGCGAAGGGCUCAUCACAAUGAUGCGGAAGCGUCCGUUGCCCACGAAAGACGGUGGGAUAACGAGCCAGAACCGGCCCCAAGGAAUACGGGCUGGCAACAUAACGAAAGGCCCGAAGCCAUGAACUACGAGGUUGCCAACACCUCUCAUCAACAACGACGACAGUCUAGCUCGACAAUCGCAUCGUAUUACGACAAGCAGCACCAGCUACAACAGCAACAAACACAAAACUCGGCCAUGUCCAAACAACUCCCAUCCAAGGCCCAUCAACUACUUGAUUACGACAACGGCAUUCCAGAGACGAUACCCGAAGCGAAGAUCAGGAAAAAGAAGUCAUCCAUGCUUGAUAUCUCCUCCCGCAUACUGAAAUCCAAGACUUCCAAACACCUAAAGCCUGAUUUGGUUGACUACAGCGCCCAUGUUCUCGGGCCAGAUAUGAUUACCAACUCUCCAGCUAUGCCGACAACGCCCGACAUGAGCCAGCAGCCGACGAAGCGCCGGACGGAAAGGACAGAUUACGAACGCUACCAACAGGAAUCCUAUGCCAACUCGGCCGGGCAGGAGAUGUACGAGAAGCCAGGUGUGGAUGAGGGCCCGGCACCUGACGAAGACGUCUCUUCAUUCCCAGCGCCGCCUUUGAAUCCUGCUGCAAGAAGGGUUUCCCUGUCUCUGUUUCCGCCAGCACCGAGCGGUCGACCAGUUCAAACACCCAAGCAGCCCGAGGGCCCCCCGUCCAAUGCUUUUACACCUUCCAGCUCAGCAUCGCCUCACGCGGACAGUGCAAGCAUCUCGAGUCGUCACACCAGGACCUCCAAGGCCUCGAAGCGGACAGAUCGCAGCAUGACCGAGCUUGACCUCCAGAUGAACAGCGUCUUGUCUCUUUCAUCGGAUUCAGAGGAGGAUAGCUAUGAGCCAUCUACACAGAACUCGCUGGCCGUGCCAAUGGGGUUGGGCGAGCAGGGACCAAUGAGCCCAGCCAGCACUCGUUCCGCAAGCUCGCUACCUGCCUCAUUGACAGCAGAUUAUAGCCGGACCAAGUCAGCAAAGCGAUCCCAGUACGGCACGCAAUCGCAAUUUCUACCUAUUCCCGAAGGUGCUGCGGCAACUGAUGUCUCGAGGAAGAGCUCGCGAGGCAGCUCUCAGAAAACAAGCUCAUCGAAGCAGCAGGCAGCAUCGUUGCUGUACCAGACUUCCCGUCUCUCCAUCGGCAGCACAUCCACCUCCCAGACCGCGAUGCAUGGUGCACCUGCUCAGUUGAAGAAGGAAACCAAUGCCACGCCCCCCCUGUCGCCAACCAGCGUUGACUUUUAUCUUCAAAAUCGCAGCAGCGAGAUGUUUGGGGCGUAUGCGCCAGACAACAGAUCCGUAUACAGCGGUAGAAGCCUAGGAAGCGAAGGGAUGGGUCCAGGCCGGCGAGGAAGCAACACCAGCAGCAUCCAGGACAACGCCAGCGGGCGGUUCAUGGCCGUCACACGACAGGAGGAGAUGUUGCUAGCAGCGCUGCGACAGAAGCGCGCCCGCAUGCGCGAGGAUAUCCUUGCCGAGUAUGGAGACAACCGGGACGACAUGGACGGCGAUGACGCGAGAGAUGGGCGCCACUCUAUGCUAAGCGAAAGCCCCACCAGCAGGGUUUCGAGGCAGUCGUCGGCCAGCACGAUGCGCCUGAUGGAGGCCCACUCGUUGAGCGCGCGACCACAUGGGCAUCAGCGACCGCAGAUCCGCAUCAGCACUGGAUCCGUCGAUAAGAAAUCGGAUAGAAUGUCGGAGUCUUCGGGACAGAUUUUUGUCAUGAUGGACAGACAGCUUAGGCAGUCGAGGGGCGACGAUUCGGAGCCCAGCCUAGAUAUGGAUCGAUUUAUGCACUAUGACGACGCCGGCGACGAGAUUUUGACGAGGGGUGCUUUCGGUGGGCCUUAUGAAGGCGAUGACAGGCGGAAUAGCCGAUCCAGUCUCGGUGCGCACUCGACUUCCGGAUCCCACAGGGCUCAGAGGACUCCGUCCUCGCGCUCCAAGGCUUCGUCGCGGGACAGGAGGGACUCGGAUCAGGUCAGCCCCCAGACUUUUGGUCAUCUUUGCCGCGAGGCGGAGCGCCGUAACCGAAUUGUCGAGGCCCCUGAGGAGGACGACAUGGAGGAUGGCAUCCCCCGCCCUGACUCGCCCAUCUCGCCUGGUGACUUCCCGGUGCCUCUUUCGAUGCUGAAGAAGAACCUCAGGCUGAGCGCUGUUGGACAUUAACCGAUACAAUGCACAAAUAUCACAAAAUCAAAUCAAGAUGGAUGGGAACCCGUGGAUACAAUAACAAACAACAACAACAACAACAACAACAACAACACCAUUAACAAGU